GACACUGGCGUGAAAGGAGUUAGACCGACAAAAAAAGUACCAACAUGAUUUAGGCUCUUCUGUAGUCUGCUUUAACGGAGGGGGAAUGGGUAGGCUAGUGCUGCCCGCUAUUUUGGAAGAGAAGAUUUUCUUCCGUUUGAACCAGUAAUACUGUACAUACAUGCUAAUACAUCUGAUGGGGUAAAGAUAAAACAUUCGAAAAGAAAAGCAACAAUCUGGAUUCUAGAGGACCGGAGAGAACGUAGGGAUGCUCGAGCGUUGUCACAGCGACACAACUUGCUAGGACAUUGUGCACGCGCCCCGCCGAGAGGCAGCGUGAGCGAGCUAAAGAAGCAAUCGCACAAGCGCAGCAUCUUUUCGGUGCAUGGCUAUAACGGGUCGGAAGGGAAUCACGGAAAACCACCGCUAUUACCCAGAGACGAAGCAGGCAAGCACCACCAUGAUUCAAAUCGUCCUCGCUAUUUAAACUGUCGUUUGAGCUAUCCUCUCCACCCGCUAAGGGCAAGCGGGGAUGUUUUUUGGGGGGUUGAAAAUCAACCUGCUUGCAAAAUCACUGUUGCCAAUUUAUGUAGACGAGGAAUUAGACUAGAUAUCAUUUCGUUGUCAGCAAAUGAGUUACAAAGAUAUAUAGAGAGACUCGUCAGAUGAAAAGCCAAAGCUGGAAGAAUGAUUCCAAAAUCAGUCUACAUGCCUUCAUCUCGUGUGUAAUGCGCCUCACGCAGCAAUAGGCUUUAUUUGUUGGUAGCCUUUUCCUUUCGUCGUUGUCUCCCUGUCCCUCAUCAGAAUGUGAUAGUCCGGUCAAUCUACCGGGAUUGAGCGGGUGUUGUCGGUAAACAGAACCAGGGAAGCUUUCUAAAACCGUCUCCUUCUCCAAAGGACUAUGCUUCAAUAUUUCCCCAUCUAGAGGAACGGCGUGACAGCGAUCUAGAAGUCAAAGAGGAUUCCUUUUGAAAAACCCCCUUGGAAUCUUGCUACCCUUUAGACCACAUAACAGAUGAAGAAGAUCGUUACAGAACUACCAUACCAAAAGAGGUCCAAGCAGCAUGGUAACAAGGAGCAGAGGGUUCUGGACACCUGGACUUGGGAGGAGAUACUAGACGGGUCCGUUUGUGACGGCGACAGUUGACCAGGAACUGUGACGGCAGACAUCGACCGUGAUGAGGACCGUACAGGAGGAUGGAACGUAACAGAGUUCUGACCGUGGAACCGUUCUCGACAGCGACCGUAGAACACCAACACUGACCACAACCACACCUUCUAAAGACCGCCCGGUCUCCCCCUAACCCCCAACCUCUCCCGCCCCCCUGUAUUACACCGCACCACCCGCGCCACUCCACUCCUCAUCCACCCAUCCUCCUGUACUCCUUCCCUCGCUCCAGACCUCCACCCUUUCUGAGGGUCCACUUUUUCUUUCAUUAACACUCUCAACUACCCCUUCUCUCGUAUUCUCUUUCUAUUCCCUUUCUCUCCAAUAUUCUAUAUCUUCAUGAACAUUGAGUCCUCUUUGGAACCCUAACAUAGACGGACGAUUAUCGUUGAGUUGGAGGUGGAGUCUAUAGCUAUCAGUCAUGUAUCUUUUCCCUCUAUCCCUGUGUAAGCCAAAUGGGCGGGGUCUCAGCGUUAGUCCCCGCCCCCGCUGCAACAUGGCCGACACCUGUCUAGUCUGGCUGUUGGGCCUGGCUCUCCGCCUCUCUCUGACCUCCUGCCAGAAGAUAGACCCUGCCAACAAGCUGCCCACGGUGACCACCAACUACGGCAAGCUGCGCGGGCUCAAAAAGGACCUGAACAACGAGAUCUUGGGGCCAGUGGAGCAGUACCUGGGCGUGCCCUACGCCACCGCGCCCAUCGGCGACCGCCGCUUUCAGCCACCUGAGGCUCCGGGCUCUUGGCAGGAGAUCCGCAACGCCACAGCAUUCGCCCCGGUAUGCCCGCAGAACGUGCAUGGCGUGCUGCCGGAGAUCAUGCUGCCAGUGUGGUUCACGGACAACCUGGAUGUGGCGGCCAGCUACAUCCAGAACCAGAGCGAGGACUGCCUCUACCUCAACGUCUACGUGCCCACCGAGGACGGUCCGCUCACAAAAAAACACCAUGAGUCUACAAUGAACAGACCGAGAGAUGAAGACAUCCGUGACCGCAGGAAGAAGCCGGUGAUGCUGUUCAUUCACGGCGGCUCCUACAUGGAAGGAACCGGAAACAUGUUUGACGCCAGCGUCCUCGCCGCCUACGGCAACGUCAUUGUGGUCUCUAUGAACUAUCGUCUGGGCGUGCUCGGUUUCCUGAGUACAGGGGACCAGUCAGCCAAGGGGAACUACGGUCUGUUGGACCAGAUCCAGGCUCUGCGUUGGCUCAAUGAGAACAUCGGCCAUUUUGGGGGCGACCCCGAGCGCAUCACCAUCUUCGGCUCUGGCGCCGGGGCAUCCUGCGUUAACCUCCUCAUCCUCUCGCACCACUCCGAGGGUAAGGGGCACACUGGGUUGUUCCAGAGGGCCAUAGCCCAGAGUGGCUCAGCCAUCUCCAGCUGGUCGGUCAACUACCAGCCCCUCAAGUACACCAAGAUACUGGCCCGGAAGGUAGGCUGCAGCCACUCAGAGACGGCAGAGUUGGUGGACUGUCUGAGGAAGAAGAACUUCAGGGAGCUGGUGGAUCAGGACAUCCAGCCGGCACGCUACCACAUCGCCUUCGGACCAGUAGUGGACGGAGACGUGGUGCCGGACGACCCUGAGAUACUCAUGCAGCAGGGGGAGUUCCUGAACUAUGACAUCCUGAUAGGAGUGAACCAGGGAGAGGGGCUGAAGUUUGUAGAUGACAGUGAAGACAAUGAUGGGAUCUCAGCUGCAGCGUUCGACUACACCAUCUCUAACUUUGUGGACAAUCUCUAUGGAUAUCCUGAGGGUAAGGACAUCCUGAGAGAGACCAUUAAGUUCAUGUACACUGACUGGGCCGACCGUGACAACGGAGACAUGAGGAGAAAAACCCUCCUUGCCCUGUUCACGGACCACCAGUGGGUGGCGCCAGCGGUGGCCACGGCCAAACUGCACGCCGAGUUCCAAUCUCCUGUUUACUUCUACACCUUCUACCACCACUGUCAGACGGAGACGCGGCCGGAGUGGGCGGACGCAGCCCACGGGGAUGAGAUUCCCUACGUGUUCGGGGUUCCCAUGAUCGGAGCCACCGACCUCUUCCCCUGCAACUUCUCUAAGAAUGAUGUCAUGCUCAGUGCUGUAGUCAUGACGUACUGGACAAACUUUGCUAAGACGGGGGACCCCAACCUGCCGGUGCCUCAGGACACCAAGUUCAUCCACACCAAGCCCAACCGCUUCGAGGAGGUCAUCUGGACAAAGUUCAACUCCAAGGACAAGCAGUACCUCCACAUCGGUCUGAAGCCCCGCGUCAGAGACAACUACCGAGCCAACAAGGUGGCCUUCUGGCUGGAGCUGGUCCCUCACCUACAUUCCCUCCAUGAUGAAUUCCCCCCCACCACCAGGCUACCUCCAGGCAGCACCCGCCCACCCGGGGUCCCCUGGAAGCCCAAACCCCGCACCACAGGCCACCCCUACCCCACAUUCCCUGACCCCGUGGAGCCCUACGGAUCAGAGCGGCCCAGACUGGACCUCUUCCCCGGUGACACACGGGAUUAUUCCACAGAGCUGUCGGUGACAGUGGCGGUGGGGGCGUCGCUACUCUUCCUCAACAUCCUGGCAUUCGCCGCGCUCUACUACAAGCGGGACAAGCGGCAGGAGAUGAGGCGUCACCGGCUCUCCCCGCAGCGCCACGGCGGGCCCGCCAACGACCUGGCGCACAGCCAGGAGGAAGAGAUCAUGUCCCUGCAGAUGAAGCACUCGGAGCAUGAUCCGCACCACGACAUGGAGCCCCUCCGGCCCCACGACAUCCUGCGGCCCGCCUGCCCGCCCGACUACACUCUGGCCCUGCGGAGGGCCCCGGACGAUGUGCCCCUCAUGACCCCCAACACCAUCACUAUGAUUCCCAGCACCAUCACCGGCAUGCAGCCCCUCCACCCCUUCAAUACCUUCCCCAGCACCGGCCACAACAACACCCUGCCCCACCCCCACUCCACCACACGCGUAUAGUAAAGCUAGAGCUCCCUCUGGGGGACCGGUGGACCAACUACUACGCUCUCUGGCUCCCUCUAUAUGGAUAUCUCUCUCUCUCUUACUCUCUGUUUCUCCAACCGUCAGCCUGCUGCCCUGAUGCUGUGUACUUCCUACAGUGCCACCUGUUGAGGUUAAGUGGAAGUGCAGCUGAACUGCAGGGGCAGCAGAUGUUAAGGGGGGACAUUGAGACAUUUAGAAACUAUUUUGAUGGGGUCUCGUAUUCUCUGACUCGGACAGCCCCCAGACCCUACCAGAGGACAAACCUCUUACUGUGCUUUUCAUUUUGUUGUUUUUUUCAUCCCCCUUUAUAUCCGUUUCUGUGCUGUAACAGGGUUGGAGAUAGUUUUUGGAGUGUUGGGUAAAGUGACCUCUGAUAUAUUGGAAAACCUCUAUCUCUCUAUCUCAUGUCAUCUGCUUACUUGAUAUAGUGUUUUCUCUUUUCUACAUCCAUCUCUUUCCCUCUGUAGUUCUAAACCCCCCUCAAAUGAACCCCUCAGCCCACCCUUAGGAAUUGUUGGGAGUCUUUUUCAAACAAGGCGUACAGUACAUACAGUUAGCAUCUAUCAUGAAAAUAUUGAUAUUCUGAUAUCGUCUUUCUACCAGCAUUCUUGGUGCCAAGUACUGUGUUGUUUUCCCAUAGGAUGGAACUGAGAGAGAAUCAAGAGUGUGGAGCUGUAUCAAGAUAGCCUACUGACUGUGUUCAUGAAAUGUGCCAAUUUGGCCUAUCUUGUGUGGUUUUUUCUUUGAUUGUUUGAUUGUUGCUUUCAGUUCUUAUUUUUUUUGUGGAAAGAAUUUUAAGUAUAUAGAUAUAUAGUUAUAUAUAAAAUGUGUACAAAGAAGAAGAUAUAUAAAUGGCUUUCUCAGUGGGGGAUCUAUGCAUGAAUUAUUUUUUUAAAUGAUGAUGGGGGAAGGACACUGGAUAGUCAAUGUUUCCACACUUCUCCUGUUUUAAACCAUUUCUAUCUCUAUUUCAUAUGCUUUUUCUUCCUAUUUUAUUCUUCAAAAACAAAAAAUGGAGGCAAUUAAAAAAAACUGCACGGAUGCUUCUUUGAUUUGCACAAUUAUCCUUUACAACAAGAAGAACCUGAAUGGAACAAACAUGAAUAAAAUAAUGAUCAUACACCUUGAAUAUACAACACAUUGCAUAUCAUCACCAUCUCCCAUGUUCAUUGCUUACUGUCUACUAUUGCACUAUAGACCACAUGCUACCCCAACCAAAUCAACUACCCCAGUAAAUCAAAACAAUCUUUAUUCUUACAACACAUUUCAUACAAAGCAGGUGCAAACCAAUGCGACCACAUAUCAGUCACACAGAGACCCCUCUCUCCCUGCUCUGCUAUCAUCAGGCCAGGGCCCCUGAGGGCCCCUCUUAUGUAAUGUGAGAUAUUGGUGCCACUCUAGCAGCUCUGUCUUUGUCUCGUAAUAACCAGGCCAUCCACUGAGCCCUGGGCCCCUGUCUCUCUGUGAGUCAUUAUGGCAGGCAUGGAAGCCAUAAUCUGCCACUGAAAUGGCAUCCUAUUCCCUAGUGCACUACUUCUGGCCAGUCAGGCAAAAAGUAGUGCCUUAUAGGCAUUAGUGUGUUGUUUUGGACACAUUUCUAGAGGUAUUGGUGUCCAUUAUAAUCUGGUCAAAAGAAGUGUACUAUGUAGGGGAUAGGGUGCCCUAGAGGUAUUGGUGUCCAUUAUAAUCUGGUCAAAAGAAGUGUACUAUGUAGGGGAUAGGGUGCCCUAGAGGUAUUGGUGUCCAUUAUGCUCGUUUCAAAAGAAGUGUACUAUGUAGGGGAUAGGGUGCUGCAGGUAGAGAUAUUGAAGGUACAUACAGUACUCAAGUCUUGGAGGCUCAUAGAAUGUUCCUAAUUCUGUUAGUAGGAAGGAAAGAAAAGGACGAGCUGUUCUCACUCUCCCUCCUUCUUUCACACAUUCUGUCCUAUCUUCACCUCUAUUUCCAGCACAUGCAUAUUCUGUUUGAUGUGUGUGUGUGUGUGUGUGUGUGUGUGUGUGUGUGUGUGUGUGUGUGUGUGUGUGUGUGUGUGUGUGUGUGUGUGUGUGUGUGUGUGUGUGUGUGUGUGUGUGUGUGUGUGUGUGUAUGUACAUGUCAGCACAGCUUCACCGGGGCAUGGGUAAUUAGAGUUUAUGGAGAAUGAUGGAGGGAGACAGAGAGGGAGAGAGGAGAGAGAGAAUGAGAGAGACAGACGUCUCAACUCAGAGGCUCAUCCCCAUGAUGCGAACCGUACUCCAAAAUAACAUUUCUCCAACUGCUUACACACACACAUUCUAUUUUCCCUAUCCCUUUCUCCUUUCCUCCACCAGUAAACACCAACAUUUAACUAACUAGGCGUAAUAGCUACAUGAAUUUGAAGAGUUGAGUAGAACUCACAUACUUUUAAACUCAUAACUUUGCUGUGUACAGUCAUUCAACCCUGCAUCUCCUGACCCUUAAUCCCUGACCCCUCACCCUGCUGACUCUGUUGCUCCCACAACCCCUUAGCUCUACUGCUGUAUAUGUAACUCUAAGCACACUGAGCAAGAUGGGGGUCUGUCAGCCAGGCCAUGGUCUUUGAUAACAAAGCUGGGAGAGGACCUUAGACCAAGAGGCAACAAAGUGAUCAGUUGUUGCUGGGUUUUAGUUUUAUUUCUUUUUUUUAACAGGGAAAAACAUGUAAAAGUCGAGGGAAAGUCUAUAGAGAACGCCCCUGACUGUAAUGCUCUAAUAUGGCCAGUAGAGGGGGCCGACGGGUUAACAUGAUUAAUCCCACUGAACACAACUGUAGAGCUAUGUGUGAACCCAUAGUGCACUGUAUCCUCUAUGGGAAACCGUUAGCGACCAUGUUGUGUCUAUGCUUGUGUUUAGCUUCAGACUUUUCUUUGGUUUCUAUUUCAUUAAUACUUGAGGAUUAUGGAAGUUGCGGGGAGAAUGUGAGAGAACACAGUGGUAGAGUCAGACUGUGUUGGCCGACUGAGAGACAGUGUGUGGUGGGGAAAUGAUCAGCUGCACAAUAUACUGUAACAUAGACUGGACUGGGGUUGUGGUCAGUGGGAGCUAGAGAAGACUUAACACAAGCUGUGUUCUUGGACUAGAAGAAGAAACCUGGGAGAGAGACUCAAAGCAUCCAAGUCAUCAUCACAACCUUAAACAAAGGGGAAAGGUUGUGAGAUGUAACUGGUCAACUGGGACAGUGGACAGACUUGUUUCGUUGAUGGGAGCGAUCGGCGUCUGUCCUAUGAAGAGUCGCUGUGCCAUUAUAUCCUAGUGAACUAUUUUAUACUUAUUCAUGUGAUGUCGCAGAGGAAACUACUACUAGUACAUAUACAACAAAACAGAACUUCAACCAGUAGAAGAGCGACAGAAGCUAUUUUUUUCUGUUCUUUUCCUCAACUAUUUUCUAGGUUUACACACGAGAGGGCGCCAUGGUGACACACAAUCACCAUAACAACGUACCUGUCAUUCUCUGAACAUUCGGAAUGUGGAGGAAUACAUUGUUGCGUGACAUAGAGACACGUCAAAAAAGAGGAGCAAAACUGUACAUUUUUAAGUGUAAGAACAAACAAACAGAAAGAAAUAUUUGUAAAUAUAACAUUUCUUGUUUGGUUUUUCGAGUGAAUGAAAUGACUUUGUGACAACACCAGAGACAACAGGUGCAAGUUGAUAAGGGGCCACCAGCUAGUAUUGUACCUUCACUGUACACCAUUUGAAUAUAUUCAGAUUCUAGUUCUAUGAGCCCCGUGUUGUCAGUGUAGGAUGUAACCAAGUUGUGCAGAAGUGAGUAGACAAUGGACAUUCAGAACAAAGUCAUAGAGUUGUCUAUGUUGACUGCUAAAACCUGUGAAAGCACUAAGUAAACACUGUAGCAGGGAUACUGACGCAUUCUUACCCUGUGCUGUUGUUUAUAUGGUCUCUCUCCCACAUGCAAAUGGGACAAUGAUAACUGCAGGCCUUUGUUAGCUGUCUACCACACCAGCAUAUCUGUAUGAUGAUGCAGGAUACCUUAAAAACAGAAUCUGUCGUUCCCACUUUCCCCUAUGGCAACUACAAUGCAGGGACACUUUUACCGGAAAUUAAAGUUACAGAGUGCACCUUUAAAAACAACCUUGUGACUUCUGGAGUCCGGAUAUUCACUCCCUGUUGACUUCCGUAUUGUAGCGUAGCCCCAAAAUCACAGGGGGAUAGAGAAACGAGGGCUUUAUGUAACCUAAGAUGCCUCUGAUUUGGCCUAGUCCCAGAUCUGGUUUUGCCCUCUUACCAACUAAUACGGUCAUCGUCACGACUAGGAGUUGACUAGACAGAACAAACAGAUCUGGGAGCAGGCUACCUCUUAUCAUCAUGGGAAAUCACAUACUGCGGGUGGGUCACAUGUCCCUCUGUAUACACUGCCUUACGUACAAUGUGUGUAGGUGUCCUGUUCAUGUAGGUUGUGCUACAUGACCUCAUCAUAAGCUAUUGGUACAGCUACGCUUGCCUUCCAGGUGGAGAGGUGUGGUGGGAAUGAGUUGCUUAAGCCACUGCACGCCUAGUGGCCAGACGUUUGAACUACAUUACAAGACAGGCAUAGAUAUGGACCUGGAAGAGAGUGUAUAAGUGAGAGCAUGUGUUAGAAUAGCUAAUGUGUUGUGUAUGCGUUAGGUGUGUACUCCAUUUUGUUGUAGCCUUGGUUUGGACUGACACAGAGGGAGCAGAUAUCCAGUGUUAGUUUAAGAUGACUUUCAAACAAUUGAACUGACCCCCCCAAAAUAUCCAUAUUGGAUUUUAAUGUAUUAUUCCUCGCACUCAGACCACGAUGAGAGUCAUUAUUUUUGGUCCUAAACCAAUUUUGUUGACGGUGUGUUUUCAAUGAUUAUAAAGCAGUCAUCAUAGUUUUAUAGAUUUGCCGGAGCGGUGCUCUUUUGGAAAAACACCUGAAAUAAAAGGGGCACUACGUAACAAUGUUUCAUGUAGGUUAACUUCCUGCCUUGCUUGUGACUACAUGUCAUGGUUGACCUUCAAAACAAAGAAAGGUUUGUAUAUGUUCUGGUCGAUGUACCUGAGUCCAGGUACCCUGAAGCACAUGACCAAUAACCCUGGGAAACAUUCGGAGUUGGGUGUCAGUUCGGCCUGCAUAGCAACAUUUGCACCUGUUGUCUUCUUUUACAUUUCUUUAUUGAAUUAAGAAACCCAAGACUUGAGAUGAAGAAAACAUGUUAAAAAUUCAUUUCAAUAAAGAGCAUUAUUAAACAGGUCAAAUCAAAGUAUAUAAACAAGGUGAUGAUAUUUCUGUUUAGUUAUGACACACUGUAUGCUGUGAUUCUGAAGCGAGGCGCAUAAAGACGUCCAUAGCCAG